AAAAUCAUGUGCAUCAUACCGAAUAUUAUAUAUAUGGAUUUUGUUGUAUCAAAAUUUUGAAACUUUUCUUCAGUUAGUGAUCGGUUGUUGCUGGGUUUGUUGUGGGAUAUUGAUUUUUGUGAUGGAGGGUAGUCUUGCUGAAGAGCUUUACUCAGAAAGUUUGAAGCUAUCAAAGAUAGACUUGGGUUCUUCUUCAACUGCCAUUGAUUGUGAUGGGGAUGACUUGCAGCAUGAUGAUGGAGCUGCUAUAUGGGAUAGUUCUGGAGAUGAAUUGGAUGAAUCAUUUGAAUUGGACAGAGAAUGGCAGAGGAGACGUGACCAAUAUCAUACACAUGGAUAUCGUGAAGGCAUCUCUGCAGGAAAAGAAGCUUCUGCUCAGGAAGGAUUUAAUGUUGGCUUUAAGCAAUCAGUCCUUGUUGGGUACAACUGGGGUGUUGUAAGAGGUGUUACCAGUGCACUGGCUUCCCUUCCAGAUGGGUUAAAAGAAAAGUUAAUUGAAACACAAGAAAAGAGAGAUGAAUUCAAGGUCUUGUAUGAAUCUGUUCAUUCUCUUUCAGCGGUGGACGCUCUUCGGUUGUUUAAUGAUGAUAUCGUGGCAAAAAAAGCUCUGGAACAAAGCGAAAAUGCUGAGGAUAGUUCUCAUGUUGCCUGUACGCAAGAGCAAAGGUCAGACUGCAGUCGUCUAGAAAAUUACGUCGGAGAGCUCCAAGCACUUCUUUCAGAAUCUCCGGCACUCAAAGUACAUUUUCCUGUAGAAAAGUAGACAGGGUUGUGACUUCUGUACAAUUAGUCACUGUAUUUAGAUUUGGAAAUAGUGGCUUGUAUUACAAAAUACUUUUUUGUAUUACAAAAUACAAAAGCACAGAAUCAUGCAGGCGGCUAUGUAUUUUAACAAGGUUCUAAGUGUAAGUAGCUUACUAGUUUGUUUUAAGAUGUUUCAUUUACCCUAGUGUAUGGGGGAGCGCCUCUACAUGACCUAUGCAGUUGAGAUGCUGGCAUAAACUUCUCCUGAAGCCUGUCGAGACUGAACUUUUAUGGUUAUCAUCAGUAUUCACUAUUCAUGUCCAUGAUUUAUUACAAGUUUAAUCUCAGGCUCUGGAUAUUGAAGCAGUUAUGAUGUCAUUUAGAAGUAUUUUUGUGCUAUUUUGUUUAA